AUGUGUGAUGUUAGUAAAGUUGUCAAGAAGAGUAAGUACCAUUCAACUUUUGUCUCAUCAAUGAAGAGUAAGUUGUUACUGACUACCUAUGUUUUUAGUGGUAUAUUUCGACAAUCCAUGACAAAUUUUGACGGAGGUCAAACCCUUUGGUCCUGCCUGUGUUUUCUUAACAGACACCACAGUUAG